AUGAAUUUGAAAAAAAAAGCAAUUGAAAAAUCUGUUACAAAAGAAUAUAAAGAUUUAAAAACUCGUAAAAAAAUUAAAUCAAUUUUUUAUGAUGAAACUCGACAUAAUGAUUUAAUUACUUCUGGGAGAGAAAAAUUUAAAAUUGAUACCUUUUUAGUAAUUUUAGAUCAUUUAUUGAAUGAACUUAACAAAAGAAGAGCUGCGUAUCAAAAUUUUUUUUUUCCAUUUGCUUUUAUUGUCAUGCUCGAACGUCUAUCACAUGAUGAUAUUGUUAAAGGAGCUACACAACUUAAUGAAAUAUACUAUGAUGAUAUGGAUUUAAAUGAAUUAAUCAAUGAAUGUUUACAUUUAAAAGCACACAUAAUACAACUGGCUGACGAUAAGCAAAACAAUGUUCCCAAACUUCUUCAAAUUUUACAUGAAAAAAACUUAAUUUCAAUAUAUCCCAACAUCGAAAUAGCACUCAGAAUAUAUACAUCUACUGCGGUGACUAACUGUAUAGCUGAACGUUCUUUUUCUUGCUUGAAAAGAAUAAAAAAUUAUCUCCGAUCAUCGAUGUCACAGGAUCGAUUAAAUGCACUUGCUAUACUAAGUAUUGAACAUGAAUUAACUAAUCAGUUAUCAUAUGACGACAUCAUAGAAGACUUUGCGAAAAAAAAAUCAAGACGUAAGACUAUAAUCUGA